AUGUCAGAGUCAGCCUCCGUUCGCAAGGAUAUCUCUCCUGCAGAGAGCACCGCGCCGAGCAGUCCUACAGAAGAUACCGUGCUGUAUCCCUUCUCAUCGGUGCUCACCGACCCCGAGGACUUCGUCUCGUGCGCAUCGGGCACAUCCCUGCAAGACUUUUCCCUCUCUUCCUUCUCUGAGCAUCGCGUUGUACCGAUCUCCCCUUCCAACUUCAUGCGCCGUCGCAGCAGACCCAUUGUCCCGUACGCUCCUGUCUUCUCCUGCAUCUGCGCGUUGCUCAUCCACUACAGACCGCCACCACCCGGUACUUUGCACAUCCAACCAGGACGCAUACGGUAUCCUCUCUACGAGCUUCAGAGCCUACUCGAUGGUCGCUGGGAAGCAGUCGAGCACCCCGAAGGUGUUCUCUACUUCGUGUGGCGCGAGCGCCGCAUCUACGUCGAUACAAAUAUCGGAAACCCCGAGGCCGCUCACUACAUCUACCUCGCCAUCGCCGCCAUCGACGACUUCAUCACCACCCACGAGAUCACAUGGCCGGAGGGCAACGUCGACCUCGUCCUUGACCUCUACCCCGACCAGUACAGGUAUGCGGACGGUGUCUGCGGCCAUGUCAGCGGCGAGUGCGGCUUCGCGAACGACCCGUGCAAGAGCAUGGAGAAGUUCUUCCAGGGUGCUUGCGGCUACUACUUCGUCCAUCACGAGACGCGAACAGUGUUUUGGCUCGACAGCCUCCCGGCUUCGGCAAUCCCGCAGUGUGGAUGGGUUCCUGUGCAGACCGCAUCGCAUCUAAGGCAUGCAAUCCAGUCGCAAUAUUGGAGCCAUUGCGCUUUCUUCCCGGACUGUCGUCCGUGCGACAAGGCGCUGCUACAUGAGUUGCAUGGACAGAUAGCCCACAUAUACGGCGAUCGCAUCGUAUACACCCGGUCGAUAGCAGGUCCUUGGGGUCGUGAGCAACUGGAUCAUCUCAUGACUCUCAUGGGAACUCUAUCAGAAUACGGCGGGGCCAACCUUGGAUGCGCUCGAAUCGUAUUCGAACUCAUGGCUGAACAUGCCGUCCAACGCCUCGUUCUGAAUCACGGACAACCAAACGUCCGCUUCCAAGCCGACAAAUCCGAAUACGCACCGGAGGAACUGCCCUCCUCCUGGACCUUCCGCAUCGCGCGCGCGCUUUUGUUCUACGUGCCGGACGUCUACAUUCGUGACCUCGAUGACCUGGGCCGCGACUCGCCCCUGCAAAAUCAUGAAUGGAUGGCCUUUAUGGACAAGGCGAUGACAGAGUGGCAGGAGAUCACGCUCUAUAACACGGUCCUCCUCAAUGCCAACAUCGCCCUACUGACUAUUCAGACGGUCGAUACGGACGGUGAGGUUGUGCACUCGGCCUUGCAGAUGCUCAGCUACGCGUCCGUGAUGGCAAGUAUCUGUGGUCUGAUUGUAGGCAUCCUGCUACUUCGACGCCACCGCACGAGGGCAGUGGCAGAUGAUGUCGAGGCUCUAUCCUACCUCGCCGACCAGUACGACGAAGAGACAGGCUACGGCUUGCUCGCAAUCUUCUACAGCCUGCCUUUCGCGUGCUUGAUGUAUAGCACCAUCGCCUUCCUCUCAGCCUUCCUCUUCAUGGGCUUCCAGCGCUGCAACGCAGCGCAAAUCGGCGGUCUCGCCACACUCGUCUUUGUGGCCUUCUCCGUCAUCAUCUGGUUCAUUUCGCGCACUUGGCGCAACCCGAGGCGUCGCAGCAAUGUGACUGUGUUCGGGAAGGUCUUCUUCGUCUUGAAGAAGGCCUUCUUCGGUUUGAAGAGCGUGCUGUCGUUCUUGUUUACUAUGGCGAGCUUCGUUGGGAAGAUUUUCUCCCAAGUGGCGAGCCGCUUCAAGAGGCAGAACAAGCCUUUGGUGGAGCAACACCCGAUGCAGCGGGUUCGCGUUAAUAAUGAAGAGCAGGACGUCUGA